UCGAUGGAGGAUUCACGGAAACAUCUAAUGGUUGCUGCUGUGGACUUUGGUACAACAUAUUCCGGUUAUUCGUUUUCAAUGAGGGCUGACUGGAAAGACAACCCUUUGAAAAUCAGUAACCCAAUAUGGCGGGCAGGAAGUCGACAAUUCGUGUCAGAGAAAACACCAACAUGUUUAUUAUUGAAUAAAAAUCGAGAGUUUGUCGCCUUUGGAUUCGAAGCUGAAAAUAAGUGGAUAGAUUUAUUGUUGGACAAAGAACAUGAGGAAUACUACUAUUUUGAACGUUUCAAAAUGAAUCUACAUAAUAACAAGAAUAUCACAAGUGGUAUGAUGUUAGAUGAUAUAACAGGGACAAAAAAGCUGCCAGCUUUCCAUGUAUUUAAAUUAUCAAUCCAAUAUUUGGUAAACCAUUUGUUAGAUGUCUUGAAAAAACGAGGAAAUUUAGUCAAACAUGACGAGGUUCAAUAUGUACUGACAGUGCCUGCUAUAUGGACGGAUAGAGCAAAACCAUUUAUGAGGUCUUGUGCUGAAGGGGUAGGUGUAUAAGCUACGGUAUUGUAGCAUUUAUCUAACUUAAUAAUUAAUGUGUAUGCAGCCGCCAUUCAAAUCAAUACACAUAAUAUUUUCAAGUUACAAAACUGAUGCCAGGUUGUCAUGGGCAUACUCGAUCGAUCACUCACAUAUGCAGCGAAACACUUUUGGCAAUUACAUGAAAUCUAUACCGUAAA